AUGCCCCCCGCCGUUUGUUUCAGGCGGAGCGAGUUCCUAGGAUGCGUCUCGUUCCCGCUGAAAGAUGCUAUUAAGAGCGACGUCGGCGGGAUCUACUUCCUGCAGCAGGCCUCCGGUAGGCAGGGCACGACGCCGGCGACAGCGCACCACAGAUGCGCUGAGGGCGACCGCUUGACUGAGGAGCGUCGCAACAUGGCCACAGACAACACAGAGACUAGCACCAGCGAGGGCGCCAAAGAGAACCACAACGAUAAAGGGGUGGCGGCGAAUGGUCCCGCAUCGGGGGCGUCCGGGAGCCAAGCGCAGGCGGUGGCCGCAGCGCUGCAAAGGGAGGCGGACGAGCACCUGUUCUUGCGUUACUUGGAGCUCGACCCUCCCGACGACCCUGCGGCGCCGAGGCGCGCUCAGAGGAAUGGACGCACCCCGUUCACGACCACCAGAAAGCUCGUUCGCGGUACGGGUGGUGGCUUUGGCUUCACAGUGGUCUGGACCAGGCCGCCAAGGGUGGAAAGGGUGGCCGCUGGGGGCUCAGCUGAGCGCGCAGGCCUCAGAGCCGGCGAUUAUAUUGUAUUCGUCGGCAACAAGAACGUUGUUACGGCUAAUGAGGAGGAUGUACGGAACCUCGUCAAGUCGGCGGGUCAAACACUCACCCUGGAGACCUUCAGGAGGGUGCCGCCGAACGGCGUGGGGGUUCGCCCGCGCCUCGGCCAAGUGAACGCACCCCCGCCCCCCGCGGAGUCGACGCCCCCGCCGCCCCGCUCGCCCCGCGCCACCGCGGUGGCCUCGCCCGCGGCGGCGGCCCGUCCCCCCACCGCCUGCUCUUCGACCAGCCAGUCGCUGGACAGACGCAAGCUGCACCUGCCUCAAGUCACCUUCUCCAAGGAGACGCCAGGCGUGACGACGGAUGGGAGGAGACGCGCGCUGCUAGCGGUGGUCUCCCGCGAGCAGCAUUACGCCACGUGCCUCCAGUUCGGGCUGGUGAGGUUCGUGUCGCCAUUGGCGGAAAGAGCCGACCUAAUCGCCCCGAGCGACCAUCAGCUUCUGUUCCAGAAUAUCGAGGAGAUCUUCAGGCUAUCCGAAGAUAUCCUUGACCAAGUGGUACAAGACGAUGGAGAAAUACAAUCCUCAACUGUGGUCGCUGUGUAUUUACAAAAGACUCCUGUGUUCCUUAGCCUUUAUAAGAAGUAUUGUUUAGGACUGAAACGAGCCGAUUGUGUUUUGGUGAAAAAAUCGAAAGACCCAAGUGGGGCGUUUUCCCGUUUCUGUACAAGCCCGCCAAUUCCAAGGAGAAGACCGGACAUAACGUCUCUUGUGCACAAGCCGCUGGAGCAAUUCAGAGAGCUGCUGAGGCUGAUGAGGACCGCCGCCAGCGCAAAUGGAAUUGGGCCCUACGACCAGCUCGAGAAGAAACAACUCCAAGUUAUCGUUGAGCAGUUACAGACUGGAUACCAGGACGUAACGGCUGGUUCGGGUUUGAUGGGUUUAGCAGGAGAUGGAAAGCCACUACUAUCAGUAGCAGACCUCGAGAGUCGACUAGUGUUCACCAGGUGUAAGCCUUUCGUUUUGAGCACGCCGGGCAGACAAUGGAUAUUCGGCGGCGAGUUGUCCAGGGUAGAAGGCCGGGCCGUCAGACCCUACUGGGCUCUGCUCUUCAGCGACCUCCUUCUGUUCGCCACAGUGUCUAGGGAUCGGGUACUGUUCGUCACGGAGGAACCAGUCUCCUUGGGAAUGAUAUCCGAAGCUCAAUUUAAUAUAAGGAAAAAAGCAACUGAAUUUCGCCUAAUACUUGGACGGGCUGGUGGCGAAAGCCCUUUGGUGUCCUGCGCGCCAAGAACGCCUGCACGGUCACGUCCAAUAGUUCUUCGCGCGCCCUCGAUAGAUUUGAAGGCUGUCUGGCAAAGUUUACUCCAAAGACAAAUAUACCGGGCGCACACGAUGUCGGGCACGCCGCUCGGUUCGCCGCUGGACUCGCCAGACCCCCAGCUCACGUUCUCCCUCGCAACCCUGGACUCGCAACAACGCCAGGUAUCGGGAUCAAGCAUCCAACGCCACUCGAGUAUGGCUCUUUUGCCGGCCAGCUCGUAUCGAUCGCACCUCAAUAUGCUGGUGGAAGAACGGCCCGAGAAGGAAGUCAGAGUCAGUUUCGAUGUCGGACCUCACUCCGAAUCCCCCCUCCCCCAGCCCGUUAGAGGUCCACUAAGCUCGGUAUGGAGGACCGCGCCGACACCAGAGACCCCAUCGGCGAACCUCUCCCCAGCGGAUUCGCAAACAUUCUCCUCCCAUUUCGUGUCCUCGUCCAGCAUCGAAAGGAACGAGGAACGACCCACCUCUCCUAGCGCCCAAGUGACCUCCGACGGGGGCGAAGACUACUCCGAAGUGUCUCCGUGCCGCUGGGAGUCAUUCGAAGCGGACCUCGCGCUAGCCGAUUUGGACGUAGAUCCAUCUUAUAAACACGCCGUUGAGGAGUGUAUUUUCCUACCCGACGAUCCCCUACUGCCGCGCGUCGCUUUACCAGAGAGGCCGACCCCACCAGCUUACCUGGAGCUU